AUGUCCAAAUUAUUGCUCUUUGUAGUACUCCUCGGUACCACCCACAGUUCUCCCCUGGAAGCGGACCCAUGUACAGUUUCCACCUACUCAGCAAUAGCUGCCGCUGCCAAGAGCUGUAACACUCUGACUUUAAAGGACAUAGUCAUUCCAGCUAAAACUACUUUAUUUAUCGAGUUGAAAGAUGGGGCUAAGCUAAUUUUCGAUGGACAUGUGACUCACAAAAUAGCAGAAUGGACUGGGGACCUUAUUAGAAUAACUGGAAAGAAUGUGCAAAUAUCUGGAACAGCAAAUCAUCUCCUGGAUGGUUUGGGUCCAAAGCACUGGAAAGGCGCCAACGAACAGAAAAUUUUGAGGCCCAAAUUUUUGAGGCUUCAGCUCAAGGAUUCCACAGUCAAAAACCUGAAACUGAAAAACUGCCCCUGCAAUUGCGUUAUGAUACAAUCUAGCAACACUGUUAUUAGCCAUAUUAAUAUUGACAAUUAUGACGGAUAUCCAGGAGUCGCCGGUGCCAAGUACGCCAAAAACACUGAUGGGUUUGAUGUUGGAAGAAGUACUAAUUUAAGAGUGGAAAACUCAGUUGUUGUCAAUCAGGAUGAUUGUGUUGCUGUCAAUAGUGGCAACAAUAUAAUAUUUGAUAACUUGCAUUGUAACGGCUCUCACGGUCUUAGUUUUUCACUCAAAGACAGCGACGUUUAUGAUGUUCAAUUCCUAAAUUCGAAGGUUACGAACUCAAAUAAUGCGAUUCAUAUAAAGACGAAUAAUGCUGGUGGAAGUGGACGCCUGAGGAACAUUUUGUACAAAAAUAUUCAGUUCCUUGGUAUUGAUAGAUACGCAGUUUCCAUCCAACAAAACUAUCCGAGAGGUGAUGCUAAAGCUAACAUUCCCAUUACCAACCUGACAUUGGAAAACGUUAGUGGCAAGAUGACUGGAUCCAAAAGCAUGGCUUUGCAGAUUAUUUGUGCUCAUGGAGGCUGCAAAGAUUGGAAUUUCAAAAAUGUGAAAGUGAACGGAGCUAAGCAGAAAAAUACUUGCCAGGAAGUGCCCAGUGGUAUUAAAUGUUGAUGUGAAAUGUAUAUAGUGUAAAUUUUAACACAUUAAAAUGAUGUUAAUCUGUCUCAAUUUAUUGAUAAGCUCUACUUAUUUCGUUUUGGUUACCCUCUAGCUGCUCAGAUCAAAAUUCAAAUUUUUGAAAGGUGUGUAUUCCUUUAAGUCGAUGUUCAGUUUUUUUUGGCUCUAAGCA